AUGGCGCCUCCCGAGCUUCCUCCCAAGCUCAUCACCAUCUUCCCACCAUGGUGCACUGUCACUACCGACGAGAUCAGCAACGCCGCUGAGUCCGAGCCUGCCCCAAGCCCCUUCUGUCUCACUGUCCCUCACUCCCUGCGCCGAGGCUCUCAUCUCUGGGAGAUACUCGGAAACACCGACGGAUUCGACAACCGCAGCCUCAAGCGCCGCAUCGCUCCCGUCUGUGAAGAGAUCCGGUACUACCAGGAGAACGACAAGAACGAGCUCUACGGCCUCUCCAAGAGCAUCGUCAUCAAGUAUGGCGAGACUGCUAUUCGCGUUCUCCGCCGCGUCUGGGAUCUUAACCUUGUCUACAACCACAAGCCCAAGAUCCCCGGCAAUGACCCUGGUGUCUUUGACCAGAGCACCUGGCUUGCUACCAUCCGCGACACUGUCCUCUACCGCAUGCACUACGCCGAGGACUUCAAGGUGGCCACCCACGACCAGGUUAGAAACGGUGUGUACGUCACCGACGUCUUAGUCCAUGAGCACCGCGACCGAGUCGAGCGCGCCAUCAAAGAGCGCGAGGUCUUCACUGCCAUGGUCGAGGAACUCACCCAGGACUCCCUGACCCAUCUCCCCGGCUACAAAGCGACCGCCCUCGGAACCGCCCCCCUGUCGUCUCUGAAACGCUGUGCCGAGACCGCCGAAGCUUUUUACGUCGUCUCUGACGAGGAGGAAGACAUCCUUGAGAACGAGGACGAGAGCGACAUGCGCUACUACCAGGCGUUCCAGCUGUGGCACAUUGCAGCCCGAGCCGCCAUGAACUGGGAGCCGCGCCGCCCCGGAGCGCAGCUGGAUGUUCUGAGCAUGUACUGUGAAGACAUUCUCCGCCGUCGCAAGAUCGAGAAGAGCAAGCGCAAUGCUGAGUUGCGAGAGCAGCUCGAGGCGAUCCUGGGAGAUACCCGUGGUGAGCAGGGUGGAAUGGGUAGUGAGGCUGCGGAGAGUGAGAGUGAGGCAGAGUACUCGAGCCAGCCUGAGGAUGAAGAUAAGAGCAGCGAUGAGGAUGAUGAGGGUGAAGAGGACAGUGACGACGACGACGACGACGAUCGUCCUAUCUUUGGGCACUACGUCACCUAA